CGGCACGCCUACACCUGUUUCGUCCCAGCAGCGCCGUUCUCUGCGUCACCCGCAGCAGCAGAUACUAUGUCGUGCCCUCGGGCAGCAGACCCGCCAGCCCUGCACGUGGCCGCUCGUCCCGUGCCCACCAAGCCGACCCGACUCCUGUGCCCGGACGCCAAUCAUACCCGCCCGAGACGCCCACACAACACGCUCCUCGACUCCCCGAAAAUGGGUAUAACUUGUCCCGAUCUUCUGCCCAUCGAGAGGGUGUCGGAGGCCAGGCAGGAGGGGCCGACGCCGGCCUCCGACAUGCCUUUCGACCUCUCCAAAUCCGGCCGGGAGUCGAGUAUGGCGUCGGCUUCCCGUCCCUUGGAUCCGAACGACGCCGAGCAGCCGCUCGACCUUCGAGUAGAUUUCAAGAAGCGACGGACGGUGGAGGACGAGAACAUGAACCUCGUAACGAGCCCUGGCCGUAGUUCGCCUCGGGAAGCCCCGGGGCUACGAGUCUGCCUGCGUCAGGAGUCACCCGGAUUACCGAUGCCUUCUCCGUCCUCCUCGGGGCGCCCCGAGUCCCCGACGCCCUCAGACCGAAUUAUCCGACGGGUAGCGGACUGCUCGAGUCUGUCGUACCCGGUGCCACACAGCAUGGCACCGGCGGCGCCCCUGCUGUACCCGCGGCCGCUGCCUCCCUCCCACCUCCUCUAUGCCUCCGCCGGCAAGGAACUCCAGUACUCGCCUCUAGGGGCGCGGCCGGCGCUCACUCCGCCUCAUUACUCCCUCAUACCCAUGCCAGGACGGACCUAUCCCUACCCGUUGAUGAGGGGCUACCUCACCGGCCCUCCUAGGCACCCGGCGCUCUACGAGGCCCUCAGCGAACGCCGCUCCGCUGAGAGCUCGCUGGCCGGGGGCGCGCUCGGACACCACGGCAAGCCCCGCGAGCGCUACUCGUGCAAGUUCUGCGGCAAGGUCUUCCCGCGCUCGGCCAACCUGACGAGACACCUGCGCACGCACACGGGCGAACAGCCCUACAAGUGCAAGUUCUGCGAGCGCUCGUUCAGCAUCUCGUCCAACCUGCAGCGGCACGUGCGCAACAUCCACAACAAGGAGAAGCCGUACAAGUGUCGGCUGUGUGAACGAGCCUUCGGCCAGCAGACCAACCUCGACCGACACAUGAAGAAGCACGAGUCGGACGGCCCGACCAUCCUGGAUGGCGGCCACCGACGGCUCCUCCUUCCUAAGCCGCCACAGGAGGCGUGGAGGGGCCCGGCGCCCCCGCCCCUCACCCCCCUCUCCUCACAUCCGGCCCUCACUCCCUUCACCCAUUCUACCUUUUCUCUAAGCAGUACAACCUCCUCGGCCCACUCUCCGCCCCCCGACGCUCAGGACGAGGACGAGGAGGACAUCGACGUGGAGAACCAGGACGAAGACGAGGACGGGGCCGGCGACGACAGACAAAUCUCGUGUGAGGUGACCAUCACUCCGGCGCCCAUCAGUGUGGAUGCUGCCGCCUCGGCCGGCGCCGGAGAUAACAUGGUGGAGGUGUGACCUGCAUCCUGCCCUGCAGGUUCAUAGUGUGCGGGUACAGGGGCAUCCUGAUGGGCACCCCGAGGGAGUUCCCAAGGGGCACCCCGAGGGUGUCCCAUAGGAGGUGGGGAAAACGGCUUACCGGCAACAGAGUACAAGUGGAUCAAACUUCCUAAUUCUUUCUGCACCGACGCAAAACGGGAGUCUUGCAAAUGUCCUACAAACACAUGUCAACCCCAGACACAGGUAUUAUUACUUUAUAGCAUGUGCACCCAGCGUGAUGCUGACAUCUGUACAGGUGUCCGACAUGUUUCUCUGAGAAAACUAUAAGCGUGUGAGGCUCCUCGUAAGUUAUACGUGUAUGGUACAAGUAUUCGACACUUCCUCGUGGACGUAUGAUAAGAAGUAAGAUAUAUAUAUAUAUUUAAGACACCAGUGUACUUGCGUCUAAAUAAUGUGGUACAACAACCAAGAUUAUUGUUGUUGUUUUUUCUGAGAAUAUUUCCAGAUCAAAACUCGUACGAACUCCGACGAGCACCUGAGGAACCGCGUGGCCGCCUUUAGUGUACAUCUGGAUUCUUGGGCGACACUUAAUAUCUAUUUUGUAUCAGUUGUACAAAACGUUGUUGUAAUAUGUUUCCUG